AGACGAUCUGUGUCUUCUUCUUCUUCUUCUUCCUCGAUCGAUCCAUCCAUCCAAUUGUUCCGUCCUGGCUGCUGGCUCACUCAGCUGGACGCGUCACCACACACACUACUCCUGAUCCAUCCCGACAGGCUAGCUACUAAUAUAUUGAGCUUUAAGCCAGAAGAUCCAAUGGAGAGCAGCGUGCUCACGUCGUCGCUCACUAUCUGCCUCCUCCUAGUGCUCGCCGUGGCGCCGGCGCAGGCCGUCGAGGAGCCGGAGGAGUGCGCCAGCCCGGUCAGCGUCGAGGUGGCGUGCCGCAGCGCCUCCGAGACGCACCACGGCGUGGCCUACGACCACUGCGUCGCGUCGCUGGCCGCCGACCCGCGCAGCAAGGAGGCGGGCAGCCUCCAGGGCCUGGCCAUGCUCGCCACCAGGAUGGCCAUCGACCACGCCGCCAGCACCGAGGCCAAGAUCGACGAUCUCGCCGACCUGGAACCCGAGGACGCCCGCGCGCGCUACAACCACUGCCUGGACCAGUACGGCGGCGCCGCCGACCUCCUCCGAGACGCCCUCGACAACCUCAAGGUCCGCAUCUACGGCACGGCCAUGGAGCAGCUGUCCGCCGCGCUGGGCGCCGCCGAGAGCUGCGAGGACGCAUGGAAGGACGACCAGAUCAACGUCCCCGUGGCAGCGCAUGACAGGGAGUACGGCAGGAUGGCUCACAUCGCGCUCGGCUUCACCCACCACGCCGCCGCCUAACUCCAACCCAUCGGAUCCGCCCUUAAUUUCUUCGAUUAAUUAUACUAUCAUAUUAAUUUCACUUUCAUUCAAUAUUCCUUCCUUUAUUUAUCGCUAAUUCAUCGCCCAUCAUCCGCUUGCCUGCCUACCUGCAUCUGAAAUUUCUUUAUUCUUCUUCUACUUAAUUUCUGAUUGAAUAUGUAUAUGUUGUAGGGCUUACUUAUCCAGAAGAUGAUAAACGAAUAACAGACAAUCUUAAUUCA